AUAGAAGGCCUUUCCCGAUUGGCUACCACUUCCUGGAGAACGUAACGCUUCCUGGUCAACUACAAAUGGAACGAUCGUGUUGAUUUAAAACUGCGCUGCGGUGGGAAACCCGUCAAAGGGAUUGAAAUGUCGCACAGAUGGGAUUGUAGCCUCGCCGUAGUCGUCGUGCUUUGCCUGUGCGCGACCGCGACGUGUACGUUCUCCACUUUGGAUCAUCUCAAGCCGCAACGCGGCGACAAGACGCAGGGCAGAGCUGUGAUCGAGCUGCUGAGACGCCUGCUGGGCAACAGAUCCACGGAGUUCAUCGUCGUAGUCAACAGGAACCUUUCCAACGAUAGCCUGGACGUGUGCGAGCUCAGGUCCACCAAAAACAACAAGAUAGUCGCCACAGGUAACACCGGAGUAUCGGUGGCCUCAGGGAUUUAUAACUACUUGAAAUAUUUCUGUAACUGUCACGUUUCCUGGUCGGGUGACCAGCUGGAGCUACCUCGUCCUCUGCCCAAACUCUCCGGUGUCCUCCGCAUCAACACCCAGCACAGGUUCCGCUACUACCAGAAUGUCUGCACUGUUAGCUAUUCCUCUGUGUGGUGGGACUGGCCAAGGUGGGAAAGAGAGAUUGACUGGAUGGCACUUAAUGGAAUCAAUCUACCACUGGCCUUCACUGGCCAAGAGGCCUUGUGGCAAGAGGUUUAUCGUGCCAUCGGUUUAAACCAGUCAGAAAUUGAAGAGUUCUUCUCUGGCCCAGCGUUUCUUGCAUGGAACCGCAUGGGUAACAUGUUCAGGUUUGGCGGGCCUUUGCCACAGUCCUGGCAUGUGAACCAGCUCUACCUCCAGUUUAAAAUUUUGGAACGAAUGAGAUCUUUUGGCAUGAUUCCAGUGCUGCCAGCCUUCUCCGGGAAUAUUCCGAGGGGAAUCCUCAGGUUGUAUCCAGAAGCGAAUGUAACAAGACUGGGACCUUGGGCUCACUUCAACUGCAGUUUCUCCUGCUCUUAUAUCCUGGAUCCCCAGGAUCCACUUUUCCUCCAGAUUGGUUCUCUCUAUCUGUCCCAGGUAGUAAAACAAUUUGGGACCGACCACAUCUACAACACCGACACCUUCAAUGAGAUGACUCCACCUUCCUCAGACCCUGCCUACCUGUCGGCAGUCAGUCGGUCCGUCUUUGCCUCAAUGACUGCAGUUGAUCCUCAAGCAAUUUGGCUGAUGCAGGGAUGGUUGUUCUUUAGUGAUGCAGCUUUCUGGAAGCCUGCCCAGAUUCAGGCCCUACUACACGGAGUGGCCCUUGGACGGAUGAUCGUGCUAGAUUUGUUUGCAGAGACCGAGCCAAUUUUCUCUUACACAGAGUCUUUUUACGGGCAGCCUUUCAUCUGGUGCAUGCUGCAAAACUUUGGGGGCAACAGCGGCUUUUUUGGCACGGUGGAGAGUAUGAACUCGGGGCCUUUCAAAGCCUUGCAUUUUCCCAACUCCACCAUGGUGGGCAUUGGUAUGACGCCGGAGGGCAUUGAGCAGAAUCCCGUCAUGUAUGAGCUAAUGAGCGAACUGGCGUGGCGCAAGGAGCCGGUCAACUUGGUCAAGUGGGCGUCUCUGUAUGCUGUACGCCGUUACGGCACGACACAAGACGCCGUGAUUGCCGCAUGGAGACUCCUGUUUUUCAGUGUCUAUAACUGCACGGUACCACAUUAUCGAAAUCAUAACCACAGCCCACUGGUGCACCGGCCUUCUUUUCACAUGAAUACAGAACUAUGGUACGAUCCAGCAGACUUAUUCAAAGCCUGGAAACUAAUUAUGGAAGCUUCGCCUUCGCUCGUGUCCAAGGAAACCUUCAGGUAUGAUCUUGUGGAUGUGACUCGGCAGGUCUUGCAAGAGUUAACUACAUCCUAUUACCUGGAUAUCACUGAUGCCUUUCGUAAACAGAAGUUACCAGAACUGCUAAUUGCAGGCGGUGUCCUCAUCUACGACCUUUUCCCAGAGCUCAACCGUUUGCUUAGUAGCGAUCGCAACUUCCUGUUGGGAACAUGGCUGGAGCGUGCCAAGUCUCUAGCUAUUAAUGAUGAGGAGGCCAAGGUCUACGACAUGAACGCCAGGAACCAACUCACUCUGUGGGGACCUAGCGGCGAAAUCCAGGACUAUGCCAGCAAGGAGUGGGGCGGCCUCAUGGAGGACUACUAUGCCCAGCGAUGGGGACUGUUUGUGCAAACUCUGGUGGAGUGUCUGGACAGUGGACAGCCAUUUAGGCAGGACGCCUUCAACCAGGCUGUUUUCCAAGUAGAGAAGGGAUUCAUUUAUAACGGCCGAAAGUACUCCACUAAGCCUCAGGGCGAUACGUACGAGAUCGCUCGCAGGAUUUUCCUAAAGUAUUACCCGCAGGCCUUGAAAACCUUGAAAAGACUAUGAUUAGUAGAGACUACAUUUUAGAAGAAAGGUGUUAAUGAGGAACUGCAAGAACAAAGUGAAUCCUCAGAAAAAGCAAAUCAUGUUUUUGCUGAUUCAGUCACUCUUUCUUGGAAUGUUUUGAACGGUGUAAGAAAAAAAUUAUUCAAAGUGAUGUGUACUAAUCAAAUGUCCAAUGGAAGAGAUGCAAUGAAGACAUUUUGGCUGCCUGUGAAUAUGCUGCCUCAAACUGUACGUGGGUAUCUGCAGUAUUCAUUAGACAUUUCAGAGAAAGAUCACAAUUUAGUCAUUCAGCCCCAGUAGACUCUCCUUUUGACAUUUGGAUAUCAUCGAACAUAAACACUAUUUGGGGUGUGGGAAGAAAUCAAUUUGAAUACGAAUCGAAUCGUUUAUGUUGUGCGAUUCAGAAUCGAUUCAAAUGUUUAAAAAAUAUAUAUUUUUUUUAUUUUUAUUUUAAAUUUUUUUAAAUUUAUUUUUUAAUCAAUCCAACAAACCACUACACAGCAAUACCAAUAACAAUGCAAUCCAAUUCCAAAACAAAACCUGAUCCAGCAACACUCAGAACUGCAAUAAACAGAGCAAUUGAAAGGAGACACAAACACGACACAGAACAAACCAAAAGUAGUGAAACAAAAAUGAAUAUUAUCAACAACAGUAUCAAUAUUAGUUAUAAUUUCAACAUAGUAGUGAUUAAAAAUCCCUCAUUGACAUUAUCAUUAGACAUUUAUAAAAAUUCACAGUGGCUUACACUUGCAUCGCAUCUCAUAAGCUUGACAACACACUGUGUCCGAUGUUUUCACAAAGAUAAAAUAAGUCAUAUAUUUGGUUCGUUUAAUAGUUAAAACAAAUUUACAUUAUUGCAAUCAGUUGAUAAAACAUUGUCCUUUACAAUUAUAAAAGCUUUUUACAAAAAUCUACUACUCUGCUUCCAUGUCAGCAGACUGGGGUAGAUCCUGCUGAAAUCCUAUGUAUUGAAUGAAUACAGAAUCCUUUUAAAUCGGGAAAAAAAAAAAGUUUUUGAAUCGAGAAUCUAAUCGAAAAAAAUCGAUAUAUUAUCGGAUCGUGACCCCAAGAAUCGAUAUUGAAUCAAAUCGUGGGACACCCAAAGAUUCACAGCCCUAAACAUUAUGGUCUGUUUGUAAAAACUAAUGUCUGCUUUCUGGUGCUUUGAUGAUUGCUAUGCCCUUUUUUCACUCCCAAGUCACCUAUUCAGCCUGCUUUCCUAGAGACUUGCUGCCAGGUCAUCAAGGCACUAUUUGUAGUACCUGGUUAGCCGAGUUUCCAGUCAUACCGAAUAAAACUACUGGGAUUCCGUGUUAUUGAGAAUCUCUAAAGGGGGACUGCACUUUUUUGUGCACAAUCCUUAGAACGCAAGUUUCCGCUUUUCUUUGCGUCCCAAAUAAUGAAAAACUGCUUGCAAGAAGCGGCUAACAAUGCAGGUAAUUAGGAUUAAUUUAUUCCGCCCAUAAAUCCCUCUAAAAAACAUCCAAAAAUCGCCAUAAAUGUUCCUUUUAUAUGCCGUGACCUGUAUAUUACUCAAGCUAUGGCAACAAUAUUGUAAGAGCUAACGUGAGGAACUACUUUCAGUAACACAGUGCCUUGCUCACAGAGAGGUAAACUAGUGGCUCCUGCUGCUGAAUCGCCUCUGAGUUAGUAAAAGUCCAUGCUGGGUUAUAAACCAUGCCUUGCACCUGUAUCGUAGAAGGUUGUGGUCAUAAGCAGAGAAGCUGGCCAACUUAUAAAUUCUACUUAGACCCGAAGACAUCGCUAAGGCAACCAAACGUUUUUUCCUGAAGAAUGAUGAUUAUGAAGAAUUGAUCAUCCAAACGUGGAACACAAGUCUUGUGCUGAAAGAUAUAAACAUUCCAAUCAGACGGCACCCCAGUGAGAGCAGACAUUGUAAGUAAGUGAUCAUUUUAUUAUGUUUGUAUCCCCUAUUUCUUGUUUAGCACUUAGCACUACCGUUACAUGAUGCUUGGUGUUUCACUAGAGCUGGAUCUGCUUAUCGCUCGGGCUGCAAAGAUUAGUUGACAAUGUGGACAAUAAAUUGUGUCGCCGAAAAAUAUGUAUGACGAUUCACGUCAUCACUCGAAUUUUUCCGGGCGGAAGUGGGUCACUCGCAAAAACAUUUUCUGUGAUAUCAAGUAGAGUUUGAGGAUAUAUCCUCUUAUUCUUGUUAACAUGAAUACCUUCCUCAUAAUGGACCUUGUUUUCAUGGCAGUACUUCUGUGAUAGGCAAACCUCUAAAGCGGAGACAUGAUGUCGGACAUUUGGAGGGAGGAUGCGGACAAAACCUCGGUAAGAGUGUUAGCUAGCCAGCAAGGUAGAAGCUAACAAGAGCGAGACAAACUAUUAUUUUAGCCAAAGUCAGCAAGUUUAACUUUGUCUACAUUAGUAAAAAGUACUUUUUAAAGCGGCGUCUGUCAGGUUCAAACACUGAUGACAUCUAUUAAACAAGACACGAAACAAGGAAUUAAACAGACAGAAUUAAAUUUGGCUCAAUUGAGGAGAAACGUCUGGGUUGUACUGUUGUACAGUCUCCAUCAUGCUCUGACAAAAUAUUGUACGCCUCUUUUAUUUGGACUUUCUCUGAUUACAUGGCAACAGCUGUUUCUUAAAGGAUGGGGGUCGUAAACAGCCAUCACCUUUGAUUACAAAACAGUUCAAAGAAGAGCUCCCGGAAGGGAUUCAGGUCCUGCUUCCUCUUCGAUUUGUAGAUCUCAAGUCAAGACAAUAUCUUUCUGUUGAUUAUAAUACAUGAACGAAACAGAACACCUUCAUGUUGCUUCCCAUCCUACACAAUGGAGUUUUACAAGCCUUUUGCUUGGUCGGAUCAAUUACAGCUUUUGUCUGCUCGCCGGGAACUCAUGGCAACACAAAGUUCUGUGAUAACUUAGAUACAAUUAUUCUGACAGCGUCAAUUUGCAAUUCCGUAACAAAGGCACUUUAUCAAAGGCAAACGCACAAAGAGAGACACAGACAGGCACCAAUGCGGAGGUAUCAUAACAUUAAAUAUACAAUUUAUUAAAUAGCCAUCAUUUUAAGAAUUAAUCAAAGAUACAAUUCUACACAUUGUGUCUAUUAGAGGGCUUAAACUGCCAAGAGUUAAUCAAUAGUCUAUACCAACUUUUUAAAUAUCACAAAAUUCUUUUCUUUUAAAGAAAGUUGGAUUUUUGUGUUUUGUUUGUUUUCAUUGCUGCUUUUUUAACUUUUUUUUUUUUUUUAAAUACAUAAACUAGGUUAAUUGGGUUUUUUUUUUAGCGCUUUGCCUUUCAUUUCUUUUAAAUGGACAACAUUUUAAUAGUCAUUUUAUUUUGUGUAACAGCUGAAUGAGCAACACAGUUAAAGUAUAAAUAAAUAUUUAUGAAUGAAUUCAUAAAUCAUCGUUGUUGUUAGUAAGCACAUGGUUAAAAUAACUUAAGCUGCAUUUAAAAGUAGAUGGAAAAAUUACAGCCAUUACAUGUGUGUGUUUUACUAUCCGAUUAGUCGACUAAUCGUUAAGAUAAACGUUGACUUAUCGACUAUGAAAAUAUUUGUUUGUGGCGGCCCUACUUAUUACUCAGCUUCUAAAACUUGGAGCUCAUCUUCCGUACAUUCAGGUUCAGAAACACAAAGGAUUUGUAUCAUCUUUUGUCUCAAGUAGUCGUAGUUGGCUUUGUUGAUUAUUAUUAUUAUUAGCAGUAGUAGUAGUAGUAGUAGUAGUAAUAAUCGUAGAACUAUUAGUGGCAAUCAUUGCACCCAGGAAAAAAAAUCAGUUAAUGCUUAAAAUGAGCAAAAUUACAUGACGCCCUGAAUGUACCUGUUACUACAUUACAUAUUUACUGACAGCACAUUUAGAGAUAGGCGCCAGCGCCCCCCGAGACACCGAAAAGGGAAUAAGCGGUAGAAAAUGGAUGGAUGGACAUUUAUAAAAAUUUUAAGACAAAAGGCAAAAUAGGUCGUAUCCCCAUUACUGGCAUUGUUAACGCUUCUUGCAAGCAUUUUUUGCAAUAUUUAGAAUGCAUAAAAAUAGAAAAUGUGAUCUUGUCUCAUAAAGAUUGCGAAUGGUAGGCAACAAUCCAAAAAGUUCUGUUUUUAGGGAUGCAAGGCCAGAUAUGACAAAAAUAAAUGCACAUGCAAACAGUUUACCCUGUCGCCUUUUCUUAGCUCUGGAUUCUGCACUUACAUACACACACACACACACACACACACACACACACACACACACACACACACAGUUGUGGUCAAAAGUUAUGUAAAGAGCAUAAUGUUAUGGGUCUACUGAAAAGGUGACCAAAUCUGCUGGGUCAAAAGUAUACAUACAGCAAUGUUAAUAUUUGGUUACACGUCCCUUGGCAAGUUUCACUGCAAUAAGCUUCUGGUGAAAAUGUUGACCACUCCUCUUGACAAAAUUGGUUCAGUUCAGCAAAAUAUGUUGGUUUUCUGACAUGGACUUGUUUCUUUAGCAUUGUCCAGAUGUUUAAGUCUGGACUGGGGCGGCAUUGCUCGGUUGGUAGAGUGGCCGUGCCAACAACUUGAGGGUUGCAGGUUCGAUUCCUGCUUGUGCCAUCCUAGUUACUGCCGUUGUGUCCUUGGGCAAGACACUUUACCCACCUGCUCCCAGUGCCACCCACACUGGUUUAAAUGUAACUUAGAUAUUGGGUGUCACUAUGUAAAGCGCUUUGAGUCACUUGAGAAAAGUGCUAUAUAAAUAUAAUUCACACUUCACUUUGAGAAGGCCAUUAAAAAAACUUAAUUCUAGCCUGAAUUAUCCAGUCCUUUACCACUUUUGACGUGUGUUUGGGGUCAUUGUCCUGUUGGAACACCCAACUGCCCCCAAGACUCAACCUCCGGGCUGAUGAUUUUAGGUUGUCCUGAAGAAUUUGGAGGUAAACCUCCUUUUUCAUUGUCUCAUUUAAAGCACCAGUUCCAUUGGCAACAAAACCGUCCCAGAGCAUAAUACUACCAACACCAUGCUUGAUGGUAGGCUUGGUGUUCCUGGGAUUAAAGGCCUCACCUUUUCUCCUCCACACAUAUAGCACAUAUAGCACAUAUAGGGUAUUGUGGCCAAACAGCAAAAUUUCUGUUUCAUCUGACCACAAAACUUUCCUUAAAAAGGUCAUACCUUUAUCCAUGUGAUGUCAGAUGAAACAAAAAUAUAAAUAUUUUAUUUGAUUUUAUUUCAUUCACCUGUCAUUAAUUUUAUGGUGUUGGACCUAUACAAAUAACUCCAACUGUGCCUUCGAGAGAUAAUACAUAUUUUUUUAUAUAUAGAUAUGUAAAACGUGUACACUAUUGGGAAGUAAUCCUGGCUUUGUUUUUCAAGUGGGCAAUAAUUGUUAGGUAUGGAGCUGACACAUCCUUGUUUUAUAAUUGUAAUAUUUUGGAUUCAUUGUAUUUGUUGAACUCAGGCAUGUAAUGAAAGUCUUAAAGCUAUGUGACCACUGACUAAUACAAUCCUUUUAUUGUC